AUGCGUUUGAGAGAUUUGGAGUUUUCCAAGUAUCCUGCUGACAAACCAGAUGUUGCUGAACAACAGUUAGAUUUAAUGAGCGGAGAAAUGAACAACAUUCAAAAUACAACGAUGGCCGUUAUCUCCCCGUUUGAUUCAACCACAAUUCAACAACAUCAAUUGAAGGACACGAACAUUAAACCAUUGUAUGAUAAAUUAACCGAUGGUGACCAUAUUAAAUCAUUAGAAUUACAGAACGGUGUUAUACACAAAAAUAUUCAACGUCGAGGUCGAGCAAAAUCAAAACUAGCAUUAAUACCGACAUCAAUGGUUAAAAGUUUAUUAGAGGCUUAUCAUGGUAGUUCAACAAGUGAUAUUAUUGGCCAAGAAUGUAUAACAAUUAAACAACACGUAUUAUCAUGUACCAAAUGUCAACAAUUCAAGCUAUCAAGAACAAGACCAACUGGAAGAUUACAACCAAUUGAACCACCAACAGGUGUUUUGGAUUUGAUGGGGUUAGAUUUUAUUGGUCCACUACCAUCAUCAGUAGCGGUCGGUACCUAUGUUAAUGAACAACAAUCAGAUUGGGAUGAUUAUCUACCAUUUGUCACAUUUGCUUAUAAUACAUCCAAAUAA